ACACAGGCAGACCCUUCAUCAAGAAAUUAGAUCCACGAAAUGGAGCGCCUUCUAUGAUUUUAUAAGUGAAAACGAAAACCUAACAAGAACCUGAGGGAUCAACAUGGCACGAACCAAUGAAAUCGAUGAGGGAUUUUACUCCAGGCAGCUGUAUGUUCUGGGUCAUGAGGCGAUGCACCGGAUGGGAACAGCUGAGGUCCUCAUUGCAGGGAUGAAGGGGCUGGGAGUGGAAAUAGCCAAGAAUGUGAUUCUGUCCGGAGUAAAGUCUGUCACUGUCCAGGAUGAGGGUCGGGCUGAGUGGUCUGACCUGUCAUCGCAGUUUUUUCUGAAGGAGGCUGAUCUCGGUCAGAACCGAGCCACAGGUUCCCUUCCACAGCUGUCUGCAUUAAACCCUCAUGUGCUUGUGUCCGCACACACCGGACCACUAAAUGAAGACCUUCUUCAAAAAUACCAGGUGGUGGUCUUCACCGACUCCUCGCUGGAUGAUCAGAAGCGUUUUGGGGAUUUCUGCCACACACGUGGAAUUAAGUUUAUAGUCACAGACACAAAAGGGCUCUGUGGCCAGUUGUUUUGUGAUUUUGGAGAGGGGUUUGAGGUCUUGGAUCAAGAUGGAGAGAUGCCUGCAUCACUGAUGAUUGACCGAAUCACUAAGGACAAUCCUGGAGUUGUUAUCUGUGCAGAUGACCAGAAACAUGGACUUUUCGAUGGCUCAAAAGUUAUUUUCUCUGAGGUCCAAGGCAUGACAGAACUCAACAGUAUAGGCCCGGUGGAGAUCAAAGUCUGCGGCCAGCAUUCCUUCAGCAUCUCUGACACUUCCAGCUUUUCUGAGUAUGAACGAGGUGGAGUGGUGACUGAAGUUAAGCAGCCCCUCGUGCUGAAUUUUAAACCACUGAGUGAGGCUUUAAACGACCAUCAACUACUGAUUAUGAAUGACUACGGAAAAAUAGCCAGACAUAAUACUUUGCACCUGGCCUUCCAAGCCCUGCAUGGCUUUGUGAAGAAAGAGCAGCGGCUCCCUCAGUCAUGGUCACAGUCAGAUGCAGAUCUGCUGCUUAACAUGGUGAAAGAGUUGAAUUUGGUCGCAAAACUGGAAGAAGUAGACGAAGCUGCACUGAGGAGCUUCUGCUUCACCGCCCGGGGCGAUUUGGCUCCUAUGAACGCUUUCUUUGGAGGCCUGGCGGCUCAGGAAGUUAUCAAGGCAUGCAGUGGGAAAUUUACCCCUCUACAACAGUGGCUAUAUUUUGAUGCCCUGGAAUGUCUCCCUGAAGAUGGAGGUUGUCUGAAAGAGAGCUUAUUUUCACCAAAGGGUACAAGGUACGACGCCCAGAUCGUCGUCUUCGGGUCUGAGUUUCAGCAGAAGCUCCUGAGGCAGAAGUAUUUCCUGGUUGGGGCUGGUGCUAUCGGCUGUGAACUGCUUAAAAACUUUGCUCUUAUUGGGCUCGGUGCAGGAGAUGAAGGCCACAUUACUGUAACGGACAUGGACUUCAUUGAAAGAUCCAACCUUAAUCGCCAAUUUUUAUUCAGAUCUAAGGAUAUUGGGGAGCCCAAAUCUGAGGUUGCAGCCAAAGCAGUAGCAGAGAUGAACCCACAGAUUAAAAUCACUGCACACCAGAACCGUCUAGACCCUGAUAGCGAGGGGCUGUAUGACUACAGCUUCUUCAUGGGCUUGGAUGGUGUGGCAGCGGCCCUUGAUAACGUGGAAGCUAGGGUUUAUCUCGAUAAGCGCUGUGUUCAGCACCAGAAACCGAUGCUGGAAGGGGGAACUUUAGGAAGCAAAGGUCAUACUCUGGUGGUGGUACCUCAUCUCACGGAGUCCUAUGGACCGGCCAAGUCGAGCUCCGGUAACACCAUCCCUCUGUGCACUCUUAAGAACUUCCCACACCGGAUUGAGCACACACUACAGUGGGCCCGGGACCAGUUUGAAGGACUGUUUAAACAAACACCUGAAAAUGUCAAUCUCUUCUUGAGGGAUCCAAAGUUCAUAGAGCGGACUCUAACCCAUGGGGAUGCUGAGGCCUUGGAGAUUCUUGAAGGCGUGUGGAGCAGCCUUCAGGAGAUGGAAGCGGGAGGACAGCAUCCCAAGAGCUGGGAGGACUGUGUGAGCUGGGCACGCUGCAAGUGGGAGACUCUGUACCACAACGAUAUCUGUCAGCUUCUGCACUGUUUCCCUCCCGGAGAGUUGACCACCAGUGGCUUGCCCUUUUGGUCUGGAUCCAAGAGAUGCCCUCAUCCACUGACAUUUGACCCUAACAAUGCAACCCACAUGGAGUAUGUGAUGGCAGCAGCUAACCUAUAUGGGCAGAUCUAUGGGAUCAGAAGAGACAGUGCUGCAAUCAGAAGGACCUUAGAGGAAGUCCAGGUUCCACCCUUUAGUCCCAAGUCCUCCAUAAAAAUUCACCUCACUGACAAGGAGAUGGAGGAAGACAGAAAAAAGGACAGCGAUGACGCUGACAAAGCCCGGCUCGAGGAGCUGAAAGGAAAAUUGUCCUUGCUAAAGAGCUCAGCUCAGAUGUACCCCAUUGACUUUGAGAAGGAUGAUGACAGUAACUUCCACAUGGACUACAUCGUUGCUGCAUCCAACCUGAGAGCGGAGAACUACGACAUCCCUGCUGCUGAUCGCCACCAGAGCAAGCGCAUUGCUGGAAGGAUUAUUCCUGCCAUCGCCACGACCACGGCAGCAGUGGCAGGCCUGAUGUGCCUGGAGCUGCUCAAACUGAUUCAGGGUCAGAAGAACAUCGGCUCCUACCGCACGGCUUACCUCAACCUGGCUGUACAGUACUUUGUUCUGUCCCAGCCAUGCCGCCCACAGAGCUUCGAAGUCGCAGGAAAGACUUACACCCUGUGGGAUGAUUUUCUUGUUGAAGGGAGACGUUGCAAUCAGCAGGAAAUGACCUUGGCUGAUCUUAUCCAGCAUGUGAAGGAAACACAUGGCUUGACCAUAUGUAGUCUUUUUUAUGGACCUGCUAUCCUAUACAAUGGACACGAAGACCGACUGAAAAUGAGCGUGUCCGAUUUGGUGAAAAUGGUAACGAAGGCGGAAGUCCCUCCUCAUAAGAAGAUGUUAGACUUGAUCCCUUCGUUUGAAGAAGAUGAGGACAGCGAGUCAGUGCCUACCAUCAGAUACAUGCUCCUGUGAUGCAUUCAACAAACCAUAGUAGUUCUUCUGAUUCUAAUCUCCUGAAAAAUGAUGUUAUUUAAAAAAUAAAUAAUAACAAUGAUAAAAACAUAAUUUAAUGACACUUUUUACAAAAAUUGCAAUUUCUACAGGUUGUCGGCCACUUUUUCAUCCUGUGUUUAGUAAUGUGAACUUUAAUAGUUCAUCUUUUCUUGAAGUGUUCCCUUAAAAUCAGACCAAAUCUCAGAGAAUAGACUUUAAAAUACUUAUGUUAGUCUAUAAAUCACUGAAUAGCUUAGCACCAAAAUACAUUAAAGACUUGUUGUCAGUGUAUCAACCACCCAGACCUCUCAGGUCUUCUGGC